AUGGCCGAAAAUGUGAAAGAUCAGCUGAUCACACAUUUACGCCAAAGCCAGUUUUUCACACUGCAACUGGACGAGUCAACUGAUAUCGUGAAUGAGGCAAAUCUGCUGUGUUUUGUAAGGUACAUUUAUGAUGGCGGUGUGCAGGAUGAAUUUCUGUUUUGUCGUUCCCUGCCGACCAACACCACAGGGGAAGCCAUUUUUGACUCAGUCAACGAUUUCAUCCUGCAGAAUAAUAUCGACUGGACACGAUGUGUUGGUAUUUGCACAGAUGGUGCAACUGCAAUGACUGGGAAACACAAGGGACUGGCACCGCGCGUACGCGCAGUUGCACCUUGCGCCACAGCAACACACUGUUGCAUUCACAGAGAACAGCUGGCUGUGAAAAAAAUGCCACCAUACCUCAAAUCAGUACUGGACGAGUCUGUGAAAAUUGUUAAUACAAUAAAAACCAAAGCACUGAACACACGUCUUUUUAAAGCUCUGUGUGAUGAAAUGGGAAGUGAACACACAAAACUGCUUUUCCAUACUGAAGUUCGCUGGCUGUCGCGUGGGAAAGUUCUCACCCGUCUAUUUGAACUGUGCGAUGAGGUGAUGUUA